AUGGCGACAAUCAAAGAGAUCACGCGCAUGGCUUCCGACCUCACCAUAGAUGAUGUCUCCCACCUCCAAAGCCUGCUGGAUCGCAAACUCAAACACAUACCCAACCACAUCCUUCCCCGCCUCACGAUAGAUGAUGUCUUCUUCAAGACGGCGAGAUCGGUUCAUGUGCUAAACAUACCUCCGGAUCUUCAACUCCCUUUCCUGCUGCGCCAACGCACCUACAUCGACCGCCAUAAAGGCCACCCCAUCAAAGAUGACGACGAACAAAGCCUGGACAUCACGCGCGCGAUCUUCUACUAUCACCUUCACGACUCUCGCCCACUUCAACGUUAUCACGAUAUAUGUCGCUGGAACCUCGCGUUUUUCACUGCCCUCCUCGCACUCUCGCAGAAGGCACUCAUGUCAUACAUACCUCCCAACUACAUACGUCCAGUCGCUACUGUCACUCCCUCGGGCCGGUCUUUCAUGCAGUCUUACAUCGCCGCUGUAAUGGAGUGCCACAACACGCCCGCCCUAUUCGACGCGCGCGAUCGAUUCGUCAAAAAGUGGAAAGGCUGUCGCUGGGACCUAUUCGGGGACUUUCGCUCUUCGCAGAAGAAGCUGCUGAAGAAGAGAAUGGAAAUCUUGACGAUCAAGUGGGAAGCUGAGCUCGACGUUGCGAUUGAGCACAUGGGCAGGCGCGAGUACGAUUUGCGGGUUGCGCCGUUUGUCGGGAGCAUUGUGCCGGGCAGGAAGGACCAGGGUCUAGGGUCUAAGGCACAUUUACAUGACGGAAGGAUCUUGGAGUCGGAUGCGAUGGACGUGGUGGAUAAGGAAGAGUCGGACAGAAACGAGUUGCUCGAGGCUCUGCGCGUUCCGCUGCUUGAGCCGGACAAGCCAGACUUUGAGUUCAGGGAGGAUUCGGAGACGCCGACAGAUAUCAAAUUUGCGAUUCAUUGUGUACAGACAAUGGAGCCGCAGACUAUGCUGCCAGCGCUCAUGCGUCUGUUUCCGCUGGAGAGUGAGAGUGAAAGUAGCGCGAUGGAGCUGAAGCGGACGCUGAGCGAGUUGAAGGUGGAGAAGCAUAAGAGGAGUUUUCAGGAACCCCGUAUGAAGGAUCUUCCAUCUGGGCCUCCUUUCUUCAGCAGUUUUCUUCCCUCAGGAUACUAG